UUGGACUAUAUGCACAUGCGAGAUAAACAACUGGAAAAACAAGUUAAGCUUAUUCGAGAUAAUACAAUCAAAACCCAAUAUAGCGAUCAGACUCAAAGUCGAUUUUUUGAGACAAAUACAUCUGUAAUGAAAAUUUCAAAUAUUUUAAAUGAUACAGAAAAGUCUCAUUCUACAAUCGUUCCUAGUUAUGAUAGUACACCACCUCCAAGACCACGCGAAAUAACCCUAACCACGCCACAAAAACCAACACUUUGUGACCAAACUAUGCAAUAUUUGGUCAGACAUUUUUCAGUAAACGUCGACAAACAAUGUGUGAUAAUGAAAGCUGAUAAGGUCGAUACUUUUCCGAAAGGAAUUCGUAAUUGGCUUGUAGAU